CGCUAACCGACAGCUGAGCCACCCUGUGAGGGAUAAAGACAAACUCCGUAAAGCCAGCUGUUGUGUUUUAACGAUCGGCUUUCAACUGCGUAGGAAUUCCGAAUGCCGCCCGGAUGUAUUUGUUUUGCAUGGCGAGGCUUGAUUUAACCGUAACUGCCGUUCAUCAAAUCAACAACAACCUCACCAUCGCCCUCACUCUCACUAAGAAAUCAAAUAAUCACCAGAACCUCGCAAGCUUCUUACUCUAUCUCCCAGUUUGGCAGCUAAAUCCUCUUAGUUUGAGAGCAUUCUGCGAUAACAAUCAACUCGUUGCACGAUAACAUCUAAAUCAUCUCAUCCUGCAUCCUGCAUCUUAACUUCUUGCAUCAUGCCUUCAAUCUCAGGCCAAUCAAUUCUCGUCCUUGGGGGCUCAUCCGGUAUUGGAGCAGCUGUUGCAAAGCUGGCAUUAGAGCAAGGAGUGCACGUAUUCAUUGCCUCCUCAAACAGUACCAAGGUCGCCAAGGCUGUCGAGACCCUCCAAAAUGCAGCUCCUAUUGCCAAAGUCAGUGGCUUCACAAUUAACCUCGACACACCCCGAAUUGAGGAAGAUUUGGUCAAGUUCCUCACCGAAAUCACUUCCAAUGGCACCAAGCUCGACCACAUUGUGUACACAGCCAACUCACUCAAUCUCAAGCCACUUGACCAAGUUACAGCCGAUUACUUGAGCAAUAGCGGCCAGUUCGGUCUGGUGGUUCCCAUGCUCUUGGCCAAACUUGCGUCUCGCUUUCUGAACCCCAGCUACAAGUCCUCACUCAUUUUCACCAGUGGUCGCGUUGCCGAGAAGCCAGUCAAGGGCUACACUAUGGGAGCCGCCUUUGGAGCUUUGCUCUUUGGCAUCACUCGCUCGCUGGCGCUGGAUUUGGCUCCUAUUCGCGUCAACUGUGUGUCUCCUGGUGCUACAGAUACAGAGAUGUGGGGCAAUGAUGAGCAGCGCGCUCAACGGCUACAAAUGUACACCAAAAUUGCUCUGCUGGGCAAGGCUGGUACUGCCGAGGAGGUUGGCGAGGCGUACAUCUACUUGAUGAGAGACUUUAACAACACUGGAAGCACAGUCAGCACCAGCGGAGGAGCUUUAAUUCAAUAGGAUUCAAAAAGUGUUACUGGGCGGGCUCAGGAAAGACUUUGAAGUUCAGAUGAUUCGGCUAGGGUAUAUGGUCAAUAGUUGCUGCGUACUUUUCAUGAAUACCGAUGUUUUAGCUUUGAAUCCAAAACUUCAAAUUCAUUGAAAUGCCCAGAGAACUCUCGUGCGGGC